AUGACAGGCUGUAUUGAAGGAACUGUAUCCUUCGUAGAAAAAGAAGAUCCAAAUCUUUUUUGUACUCAUUGCUUUCUACAUCAAGAUGUUCUCGUUUCAAAAAUAUCGCAGGAAAAUUUAAUGGUUGUGUUACAUAAAGUUAUUGGAGUGGUCAAUUAUAUAAAAAGUAAGCUAUUGAAGCCAAAAUUAUUUGAACAAGUGUGCAAAGAGAUGGACUAUCAGCUUAUUAAGUUAUUAAUGCACACUGAGGUUCGCUGGUUGUCGAUAGGCAAAGUACCAAAUCGUGUUCACGAACUGCACAAGAAAUUACUAACAUUUUUUCUCCAGGAAAAGCAGGAGACAUUCUGUGAAUAA